AUGUUCAAUCAUCUCAGUAAAAGAUUCUAUACUACUGCCUCCAAGUCUCUAAAGAACAAUAUGAAGAGAUUUGCCAUGAGAUCCAUGUCAACUCAGAUCACUAAGACAGGCCAUGAUUACUCUAUCAAGCCCACUGGUGAUUUAAAGCAGUUCUCUAAGGCUCCUAUUUUGGAAAAUUUCGGAGAGUUGCAGUAUGGAGAAAUCCCAGAGCCAUUGAAAUAUGUAAGACCAUUUGAGCAAACUACUCUCAGCAACGGAAUUAGAGUCUGCACUGAAGCAUUCAGCUCUGAAUUAGCCGGAGUUGGUAUAUUUAUCAAUGCAGGAUCAAGAGAUGAGACCUUAGAUACCAACGGAACCGCUUUCCUCCUUGAGAGACUCCUCCUAAAGGGUACUGAGAACAGAACUGGAAGCGAACUUGUCUCUGAAAUUGAAAACUUAGGAGCUACUUACGAAGGACAAACUCAUAGAGAAAUCAGCUCUCAUACUUUGAAAGUAUUGAAGGGAGAUGUAAGCAAGGCAGUUGAAAUUUUGGGAGAUUUAGUUACUAAUCCACUCUUGAAUGAAAAUGCUUUUGAAGCUGAGCGUGAAGUAGUGUCUCAAAUUCAUGAAAACAAUAUCAAUGAGUACGAAAGAACCACUUUACAAGCUUCUCAUAAUAACGCUUUCAGAGAGCACAUGAUUGGGCAGCCAACAAGAGGAGACAGAGACAACUUGCCAAACCUCACAAUUGACCAAGUAAGACAGUUCCAUGCUGACAAUUAUUAUGGAGACAACAUUGUCGUUGUUGGAAGUGGAAAUGUAAGUCAUCAAGACCUUGUCGACUUGGUUGAGACCCACUUUGCUUCAUUGCCAAAGACAACCUCCGCUACUAAGAACAACACUGAAAGGCCAAUCUACAUUCCAGCCUUGCAAAUGAUGAGAGAUGAUGAAAUGUACAACUCAAACGUUGGAGUUUUCUAUGAUGCUCCAAGCAGAACUCAUCCAGACUAUUAUGCUUUUGAAUUGCUAAAGAGGAUUUUCGGAACUUAUAGACUAGACAAGAAUGCUGAGCAUUUGAAUGAUGUUGCCAAGCAAUAUAAUGCCCUUCAUGGUAUGAUUGGAGACUUGCCCGACGUCACUAUUCACAAUUCUCACUAUUUUGCUUAUUCUGACUGUGGUAUUUUCGGAAACUACUUCUUCGGAAAUGAAGUCUUCACUCGUCAGAUGAAUUAUUGUGGAAUGGUCCUCAAUACCACUUAUGGACACUAUAUGAACGAUGUUGAAGUGUUCAGGGCUAGAAAUAAAUACUACAAUGAAUUAUUAAGUAACGAAGGAGUCAUCGGAUCUCUUCACGAUAUUGCACCACAAAUUUUCUAUCUUGGAAGAAGAGUCCCAAGAAGUGAAAUUGCUAAGAGAAUUGCUUAUAUUGAUGCUUAUCAUAUGAAAAAUCUUUGCUAUGAAUGGUUCUAUGAUGCUGAACCAUCCUUGACUAACUGGGGACCAAUUGAGGGUAUUUCAGCUAUUGGAUCAUAUAAAUACAUCAAGAAUCACACCUACAGUACAGUCACUAAUGCCCAUCAUGGACUCUAUUGCUAA